UUAAAAUCCUUUUAAAAAGGCUUUAAUGCAAAAGGAUGCAUAGGUAGGGUAGACAUACAGAGAAGGGUUAGUCAUAGAACAAGCAGAAGUUGAAGGCACGGAGGAAGCAUCGAAGAUGAAUUUCCGAUGGGCGGAGGCAAUGCUGCCGCUGGGCAUCAUCGCAGGCAUGCUGUCUCUCAUGGGUACCAGUCAAUAUUUCAUUCACAAAGCUGCCUAUGGCAGGCCGAAGCAUGUAAGAAACGAUAGAUUUGAUGUAUCCAUGGAGAGGAGAGACAAGCGCCUGCUCGAGCAAGCUGCGGCAUUGCAUUCCCCUAUGGGAAAUUAGGAGCAGUAGUUGGAAUCAUUUCACAGUGGAUUGCACACAAAUAAUGUGUUUGAUAUUUUUGUGAUGUUCACCUAUUGUGUAAGACCAAGCCACUGCAAUUAUUACAGACUUUUCCAGCACAUUGCAAAAUCUCUUUCAUCGCAGAAACAAUAAAAUUAAUGGUUUUUGAUGUAAACAUGUCUGGGGAAUUUCCUCAAAAAGCUUUGAAGUGCUAUAUUUUUUAAAACAAGCUUGAAUCUGUCCAUUACUUUAAAAUCUCCCUAGUCUUGAAAGAUCACUUUUUUGUGUAUCAAUUUCUAUUUUUCAGUUUUGUUAAAAGAUCGUUCAUUACCAUGCUUUCUAUCUUCAGUCUGGAUGGCUACCAACUCAUGAUAGUAUGAACAGGAGUAAAGAGAAAACUUCAACUUAGGGUGAAGGUGAGGAAGGUUUCUAGUCUUUGAUAUAGGGAUGGACUCACCCAUUGAGCCACUCUAAUUACAAGAAUUUGAAAUCUAAGUGAUAUGGCUAAUAAAAUGUAGUGGAGAUUUAAGUGACGUAGGAAAGGGUGGUUAAAAUUUUAUGCUUUUUUUAAUGAUAGUAGAGGUUACGUAUUGUAGAGCUUUGCUACCAAAUACCUUGAGAGUUGAGGAUGAUUACCUUGUAUUGCACAUGAAAUCUGAUGACCCAACAUGCUAGUUUUUUAAUGAAUGUCUUUUAAUAGGAGUACCUCGCGGCAAUGUUGGCUAUUUUAAUGAAAGUGUUUUAAUAUGAGGACCUCAUGGCAGUGUUAAAAGAUA